AGUGAAUCGACAACCAUCAAAAGCAAGGGCCACGGUUUCGCUUCAAUUGGAUUCUGUACAUUCCCAGGGGUAAUUUUACAUAUCCAACUUCAUCAGGGCAACCACCUCGGACGUUCAAAACAGAAGCAUGGCCACGCCGCGCUGUUCUCGUGCCACUCGCUUUCUGUGCCAAUCACGCAGGGUGCUUGUAUCGCCUUCUCUCACCGUGCCAAUUCAGUAUCAAUUUACUCGGUUUGCUCAUCGUCAAGCCGGCAGACCCAUACGGAAGGCGUCGCCAUCACCUAGCAGCGACGCCGCGGUGGCACGCCUGCAGAAGCUCCGAGAGCCAAUUACUUUGGAGGGAGUUCCGCUGUCGAGAUUCGAAGUAGCAGUCGCUUCCAAUAAUUGUCCCUUUACUCUCGCAUCUGCAGCAGAAUACUAUUCAGCAGCGCAUAAGUUUGUGGACGAGGCUCGCUCAAGGGAAAGCCCCUUACAGGUUGACAUCAGUAAGCUUGAGGGUGUUUCUGCGCCAGUACUUCACGAUGCCGCCUGUAUAUUAAGCAGCUUUUACCCGCAGCGCAUCCUACAGCCUGUCGUGGCAGCUAUGCUCAUGGCCUGUUCUCGCAGUGGUCAUGACCCGUCCACAAUCACACUUACAAACGCCAUCAUACAAGCAAACCUUUACGGACAAUCGACACAGCUGAAACCUGUGGAAGAACGUUUCAAACGUAUUGUCACUGUGGCCAAGAACCCGGAUGCACUGACCGUGGAAGGCAUGAGGCGCAUAGGCCAAGGAUCGCCAGAGAGCGCUAUUCCUUUGCUGAAUCAUGCUCUAAGCCUUAACGGGGGACAAGACUUUGAGUGGAAAGCAUUAUGCCGAUAUGCAAUUGCUCAAGCAGAUGUCAAGUUGAACCGUUUUGACAAAGCCAUCCCGGUGCUUGAAGAGCUGGCUGCAGAGGGAUUACCCAUUGCCACUGUUCCGUUAGCUCAUGCGCUAAGGUCGAGAAAUAGGACAUUAGCAAAAAACCAUUAUGAAUAUGCUGCUGGAUUUUACGAUGAGCAGGCUAUCAAGGCCCUUGUCGAAAUGGAAACCGAAGAUGCUGCGGCAGCAAAGGACUCUGCUUCAAAGACAAAGCAUCUCAAUUUGGCAGCGGAAUGGUCACGGCUGUUGGACAAGAAAGCGACAGUUUGAAUGUACACCAUCAUAAAAUGUAGAAUAAGAACGCCUUGUAAUAUAGACUAGAUACGUUAAUUCUUUCUCUUCUUAGACGGUUUGGUCUUGGACGACCCUUUCCGCUUGCCACUUUCACUCUUAACGUCUUCUUCUUUAUCUAUGCGUCCAUCAACAUCACUCAUGUCGUCUUCCUCAUCAUCCUCAUCCUGGUUUUCAAUAUCGGACAGGAAGGACCCCUUCCAUGUGCCGUCCAUGAUGCAGGGGUCAUCACCAAAUAGUGCUACAUCAUAGGCAUCCUUCAUAGCCGCCAUGCAUAUGUCUCUUCGUUUGUUAAAGUCGAACAUGGGCUUCGGGUAAGUGGCUAAUUCGGAGUCCUUAGGCUCCGAAAUACCAUCACCGGUAAUACGCACUCCCGCCUUUUUCUGAUCUUGUAUGGGUGCUUUCCACGGUUCAUAGAUAAACUUGGCUGGAAAGUCUUUUAGUUCUGGAAUCCAUCGACGAACAAAGUCCCCAUUCUUAUCCCAGUUUCUGCCAAACGCAAUGGGACUGUAGCAGCGAAAAUACUGAUGGAAGAACGCCGAACAAGAUAGCCACUGCCAGUUGCCAGCGUUACAAGCUGGUUCGUGAUCGAGUAAGAGCUCUUCAAAUACUUCCGCACCUCGCUCCCAAUCGAUGUAACAGCCGCCUCUUGUUAAGAAGCAUGCUACCGAAUGCCGGCCUAGAUGGUGGAUCCAGCCGUCGUGCCUCAGUUGGCGCAUGAGAGCGUCAAUCCAAGGAAAUCCAGUAGUGCCACGCUUCCAGCGCUGGAACCACACCUCUGCUUCUUCAGAGUCAAUUUCGUACUCGCCUGUUACCAUGCCAGUUUUAGGGUCAACCUUGGACCGCAAGUGCCAUGGGAUAAACCGACAGUGCCUGUUACGAAUAGUUUGUGUAAAGGCUGGGCCAAUUGCAGCUUGCGCGGCAAAGUACAUGUCACGGAAUAGCAGUUGGCCUGUUAUACUUGUUGGUGGCUUUGAUGCUCCGUUUCCGUAGGCGUCCGUGAGAUCUUGAACUCUCCAGUAAAAUAGGCGAGGUGAUAAGGCGCCAAAGUGAAGAAAUGGGGAAAGUAGCGUUGUAGACUGGGGCUCAAACUGAGCCGGGCUUGUUUUCGGUUUCUCGAAUUUUGCUGUGUACUCUUCAUUAUCGAUUAUAUCAUCCAGCAUACGAAGAGCAAUCGACUCUCCUCCUCUGUGUGGCGUAGUUGCGGAUGGAAAUCCAAGUUCCUCCAUUGUCUCGAUUCCAAAGUCUCCUUUUGGACCAGCAAUGGACAUAUACCCAGUAUCGCUUUUUGUACGUUGCUCUGAAUUUAUAUCCUCCGUAGGCGCAGGUGGCUCUGAUUCAAAAUCCAGCGGCAUAGGACCUGGGUCUGGAAGGCUUGUAGGGGCAGGGAUGGGACGUGGUAUCAAUCCGAGCUGCUUUCCAGUGGUCUGGAGCUGUGUAAUGGACAUUGUUGGCUUUCCAUCCCGCUGUUUAACAAUUGCGUCGCUGUCCCAUAGUGUUCUUCCAGAUCGCGUGAUGACUUUGAUACCAGCAGCUUCGGCGGCGGCCGUAACAGCCGCGUCUCGCUCCCUCGGGUAAGCGUCUGUGUCUCUUUCAAACACGAUAUGCGUUACUUUCCAUGAUUUGAAUAGUUUGGGCAGUACUGUCUGUGGAGCCUCU